AACGAAGUUCCAAUAAUCAUCAGUGUGGUCAUUUUUUUUGUGAAAACAAAUUUAUUUUCGACCAUUACGUUUUUUAAUAGUGUAUAAUCUACCUAUACGUACCUAAAACACAUCCAAAAUGGCUACAAAGUUGAUAAUGUUUGCCGCUUUGUUCGGGCACUUGGCCUCUGCUUAUCCACCCACCGAGUACAAAAGUUACGACGUCAGCCACUACGACGAUCACGCACCUAAGCCAUAUCAUUUCGAGUACGGAGUGAAAGAUCUUCACACGCACGACAUCAAGAGCCAACACGAGGUGAGCGACGGUCACGGUAACGUGAAAGGAUCGUACCGUCUCGUGGAACCCGACGGUUCCACCCGCGUGGUCGAAUACACCGCUGACCACGAACACGGUUUCAACGCUGUCGUCAAGAAGAUCGACGCACCCCAUCACCACGGCGAGUACUCCGACACCGCGAACCGCCAUCAUUACGAGUCACUUCAUCCAUACGAACAUUUGUCGUACGACAAGUUUUAAUGAAAUUUAAACAAAAACGUCAAUUAUAGGUACUGUCAGUGCUUGAAUUGUAAAAAAAAAAAGAAGGCGGGGAUGGAAAAGUGUAAAAAAAAUGUGCAUACCCGAAUGUUUAAGUGUCUUAUUGAUUAGGAUAUAUUUGGAAGGAGUAGUUACCAUAGACCUAUAAACUAAUGGACAGCGCUUAAAAAGAGAGGCCAGGGGUACGAAAUAGAGUAAAAGAGAAAAGAGAACGUGGGGGAAAUAUACUAUUAAGUUUCAUACGUCAAUGAUUACCCCCUUUGUGUUCUUUCUCUCUUUUUUCUCUUCGUUCUUUCUUCUUUCUUUCUUUUAUAUGAUCCCGCGCAUUCAUGGCAGGACAGAGUGGAAUGCGCUGUUCAUUAGUUAAUAGGUCUAUGGUAGUUACGCACUAAGCAUACAUUUUUUUUUUAAAUAAUAGGGACUUCGUCCCUCUCCUCAAUUCAAGCACUGAUUUUACUGGAAAAUGUGUUACCAAACAGUCACGCCUUUGAUGCUACGUAUUAUUUGGUAUGCACGUCAUUAUUCAUUAUAUACUUUUUUAUUGAAUAAAACAUUCGCCAUUAUUAGCAUAAA